AUGACCAUGAACAUGGACAUGAACUCCCCAAGCUCGCCUAUGGGUGGUAUGCCAGCCUCAGCCUCUGGCUCUCUCGCCGCAGAAUCCUCCAUGGACAGCAUGUCAGGCAUGUCUUCUACGUUUUCUUCGAGUACACGCGUCACGCUUUGGGUCAGCGAGUGGACUACGACUUCUACAGCAACCUACGUACUCACUAUAUUCUUCCUUUUCGCCCUGGGUAUGCUGAACCGCUUUCUCGGAGCACUCAAGUCCCAACUGGAGAUGAAGUGGAAAACACAACUCGAAUUGGCCAAGGCUAUUGAAACACAGGAGAAGAUCACACCAAAGACUGUCCCCGAUCAUGCACGACAGUGGAGUCUCGCACUUCGACGGCAGCAGCCUCCCGUACGACUUGAGGAUCAGGAUGGACAGGAGACCCAGCCUCUCACACCGACAACACAAUCUUCGGCUGAGAUGGCCAAAUCAUCGGCUGUCACCCGCCAGUUUUGGGUGGCUAGCGCGCCAUGGAGUGCUAAGAAAGACGGUAUCAGGGCGUGUCUAGAAUUCACCCGUGCACUGAUUGGCUACGUGUUAAUGCUCGCGGUUAUGACUUACAACAUUGGGUUCCUAUUCGCUGUUACAGGGGCUGUGCUUUUGGGAGAAGUAGUGUUUGGAAGAUAUACACGAGGCUCGGCUAGCAUCGCUGAAGACGGAUCAAUAUUCGACCUGCAUACCUCCAACCAAGAACUCGACUCUAAAGUCUUUAUGAGAUAUAUUGCAGUAUUCAUGUCCGGAACAGUAACGUCCCAACUAAUCACAGACUUCCAGUCUUUCAUAUCUUGGACAGAAUACUGCAUCACGUCGCAGAUGAGAAUCUCCCACAUCGACCUCGCUCCCUACAAUCGAAUCCAGUCGAACGUAGAUCCUCGCUGGCUCCAACAUGUCUCCACGCAGCAGCAAACCAUCGCACCAGAUUAA